AUGCCAAACCUAUGGUUUAUAUAUACUUCAAAAAGAAGAAGUGUUUGAAAUGUGACACUUUGCCAUCAUCAUUGAGGUUAUUUUAUUGUAGUUUUGAUUUUGAAUUUAAAUUUUCUUUCCAAUUAUUUUUGGUGAUCCAUAAUAAAUAAUAGUAAAAAUGCCACAUUUUAGAGUUGAAACUAAUGUACCUAAUGACAAAAUACCUGAUGAUCUACCUGCAAAAUUAUGCAGUAUACUUUCAAAAUCAUUAGGAAAACCUAUAAAUUAUUGCUGUGCUACAGUCAUAGGAGGUGUGAAGAUGUCAUGGGGAGGUGACAAUGAACCUGCUGCCCAAGCAGUUUUAAUGAGCAUUGGAGCUUUGGGUGUUGAUGAAAACAAAAAACAUUCGAAAGUAUUGUACGAUUGCAUUUCUAAAUCACUUGGAAUUCCAGUGGAUAGGAUGUACAUCCACUUCAUGGAUGCACCAACGAGCGAAGUCGGAUUUAACGGAACAACAUUCCAUGAGUUAUUUGGAAGAUAAAUAAACAGCAUUAUUAUUCUGUUAUAAUAUGAUGUAUUGUCUUUUAUCUUUAAUUUGGAGUAUGUACAAAAUGUAUAAAAUAUUUUAAACAAUAAUUAAGUUAAAAUGUAUACCUAAGUAUUAUUUUAAAAUUCAUUCUGGUAUGUAUAAGUUAAUAAGCACCUUACACCGUUAGGUAGAAAGGUUUAGGUUAUAAAUUAAUAAAAUACAUGAAGAAAAUGCCUAAGGAUGUUAUAAAUUGUAAUUGUUAAAUAUACCUAAUAGACAAAUUCUUUAAAAAAAUGUGAAAUAAAGGUGUCAUUAACAAAAAA